AUGACCAUAAAGGUCAAGAUAAUCAGAAACUUGGUCGAAGACUAUUCGCUCGAGCGAUUUGGAAAGUUAGGUGAAGCAGACCCGACGGAGGUGGAAGCGGGACUUCAGAAAGUCUACGAUCUGUGGGAGACGUUUAAUAUCACGCAGUCAAGUAUCGAAGAAAUCGAUGAAACGGAGGCUCGAAUCGAGGAUUCAUGUCGAUCGAGUAAUUGCAAACGUUGUGGAAAAAGACACAACACGGCUCUUCACAUUGAGGAGUUUCAUCCCAAGAACAACUCGAACAGUGAUCAAUCGACCACCGGGUCGGGAGGACCGUCGAACAGCGGCGAGCUCUCGAAUAAUGUAACAUUGUCAAGCGUGCGAACGAACAAGACGAGUGCGAUGUUGUCAACGACAUUAAUACUUGUAAACGAUAAAUUUGGCGAGCCUCAUGUAUGCAGAGCGGUGUUGGACUGCGGCUCGCAAUCAAAUUUUCUCACUAAGGCGUUACAUAGCCGAUUGCAGCUGCCAGAACGUUCCGAAAACGUGUCAAUCUCAGGCGUAAAUUUGAGUCAGGCUCACACGAAGCAAUCGGUCAAUGCAACGAUUAAAUCUCGAGUGAACGCGUUCAAAAUUAAAUUACCCUUUCUCGUCAUCGAUAAUAUUACGCAAGCGUUACCUACGACAAUGAUACGCACUCAAGAAUUCCGAAUUCCGGAUAACAUAACGCUCGCUGACCCUUCAUUCAACAUUCCAGGUGAAAUUGACGUGCUGCUGGGUGCCGGCGUGUUUUGGGAUCUCUUGUGUGUAGGGCAACACAUUGUCAGUCGAAAUCAACCGCGUCUACACAAAACCAAACUUGGAUGGAUCGUCGGAGGCUCAAUGGCGGCUCCAAACACGCAGUCGGAAAACGCGCGAUCGGCGAUUUGCUGUUUCACAACCGAAACAACACUGCACAAGCAAAUCGAGCGUUUAUGGAGCAUUGAAGAGUACCAGCCAACGAAACAUUUUUCUGAAGAAGAAUUACGUUGCGAGGAAGAUUUCGUAGCAGCGCACCACAGAGACGAACAUGGGCGUUUCACAGUCGCACUGUCAUUCCGCGAGAGUCCGGAGCAACUCGGUGAGUCGAAGGACAUCGCGAUCAAACGCCUACGCGCUCUGAAUCGCAAACUCGAAAAACAGCCCGAGUUGAAAAAACAAUAUGAAGCUUUUUUGGACGAAUACAUUGCUCUCGGACACAUGACGGAGAUUUCUGACACGGAAAAAACGAUAGACAAACCUCGUUGCUACAUCCCUCAUCAUUGUGUAGUGAAGGAGUCGAGCACGACCACAAAAGUGCGGGUGGUUUUCGAUGCAUCAUGUAAAACAACGUCCGGGAAAUCACUCAAUGAGAUUCUCAGAGUCGGACCCACGAUCCAGCAAGAUCUGUUCGCAAUUCUCGCACGUUUUAGACAGCAUCAGUACGUGUUGAGCGCAGUUAUUCAAAAGAUGUAUCGUCAAAUAAAAACUUGUGAGGUCCAUCGAGAUUUCCAACGAAUUGUUUGGCGUGCCGACUCCCAACAAACUAUCAAAGAGUACAAACUUAACACUGUGACGUACGGCACAGCUACCGCGCCAUUUCUCGCCAUACGCAGUCUGCGCCAGCUGGCCUACGAUUGCAAAGAAGAAUUUCCCGAAAUUAGCGAUAUCAUUUUGCGGGAUUUUUAUGUAGAUGACCUGCUGACAGGCUGCGACGACGUGACUAACCUCAAGAUGACGAAGCAAGAGCUUGAGCGGGUCCUGCUGUCCGGUGGAUUUCCACUGUGCAAAUGGGCUUCAAACGUGCCAUCGAUCGUGAACGCAUCACCCGAGGACGAUGGGAACACCGAGCGCCCCAUCGGUGAAGAGGUAACGACACUCGGAUUGAUUUGGAAUCCCCGAGACGACACUUUUCGGUAUCGUACAAAACUCGGAGACAUCAGCUCGCGACCCACGAAAAGGAAUGUUCUCUCAACAAUUUCUCAAAUCUAUGAUUCACUAGGUUUGAUCGGUCCAGCGUACAUCUCAGCAAAGAUUAUUUUGCAGCAACUUUGGAAGCUAAAAAUAGGAUGGGAUGAGUCGCUCCUAAAUGACUUACACGAAGCAUGGAAAAGGUAUCACACGCAUUUAACGGCUAUUAAAGAAAUCUCGAUUCCUCGUGCAGGCGUGUGCCAAGAGCCCACGAACAUCGAACUGCACGGGUUCUGCGAUGCCUCGGAAGCAGCCUAUGGAGCUUGUAUCUACAUUCGAUCUUGUUCACAAGGCAAUCAAUAUACGACACGCUUACUCUGUGCGAAAUCACGAGUAGCUCCACUCAAGAACGUCAGUCUCCCAAGACUUGAACUUUGCGGCGCCGUUCUGCUCGCGCGACUUGCGCAAAAAAUUACACAAGCGUUUACGCUCCAAAUCGACACGAAAUAUUACUGGUCAGACUCAAAAAUCGCGCUCAGCUGGAUCGCAGGCGAGGCGUGUCAGUGGAAGACAUUUGUCGCCAACAGGGUGGCAGAGAUUCACGAGUUAACAGACAAAGCACGCUGGCGACAUGUACGCUCAGAAGAAAACCCGGCCGACGUGAUUUCCCGUGGAACUACGCCCGAUCAGCUGCGAACACACGAGCUGUGGUGGAUCGGCCCAGCGUGGUUGCUGGGACCCGUGGAAGAUUAUCAUGGUUCAAGUACGGAAAUCCAAAAUGAAGACGUCACCGAUACUACAUUGCUCGAAGCAAAACAAGGUCUUUCGUCUCUCACUGCCAUCGUCAACGACUUUGAUUUACUGGAACGCAGAAAUGGUCCUCUUUCGGUCGACGAACUCAAAUCAGCCGAGAAAACCGUCAUAGCGAUCAGCCAAGCGGAACGAUUCCCACGAGCAAUCCACAACCUACGUAAGGAACUUCCGGUACCCACAAACAGCAAGCUCGCAUCGUUACUCCCAUUCAUCGACGUCGACGGACUCAUAAGAGUUGGAGGAAGACUACAAGAAGCAGAAUUGCCCUACGCACAAAGAUUUCCCAUCGUUCUUGCGCCUAGCAGCGCGUUGACACGUCUCAUAAUUCGCGAUGCUCAUCUUAGAAAUUUACACGCGGGGUUGCAAGCACUCUUGGGCACUCUUAACGAAACCUUUUGGAUACUUUCGGCGAGAUCCACAGUUAAACAAGUUUUAAGCAAAUGCGUUACGUGCUUCAGAUUUCGACCCAAAGCUUUGCAGCAAAUCACGGGCAACCUUCCUUCCGUUCGAGUCAACCCGUCUCGAGCAUUUUUGAACGUAGGGGUUGACUACGGCGGUCCGUUCCGAAUCAAAAUCUCGAGGAAUAAGACAGACAAGGCAUAUUUAUGUCUCUUCGUAUGA